CAAGCAGAAAAUAUUCCUGCUCCACACUCUCCCGUGCUGAGUUGUGUGUCCAAGAAGAGUGACCAGUCCGUGGAUCCACCACUCCUCCACUCUGGAGAAGGAAGUGUUCCUGCUGGUCAGAGAUAUCAGCAGAUCCACAAAUCCCACCUACAGAAGAAGUUUCAGUGUCUGAUUGAGGGAAGCCAAAACCAGGGAGACACCAGACUCCUCCAUGAGAUCUACACAGACCUCUACAUCACAGAGGGGGGAAGAGGAGAGGUCAAUGAUGAACAUGAGGUCAAACAGAUAGAGAGGGCAUCCUGGAGAGAAGCAACACGAGAUACACCAAUCAAAUGCAGUGAUAUCUUUAAACCCUUAUCUGGACAAGUCAUACCCAUCAGAACAGUGCUGACUAAGGGAGUGGCUGGCAUUGGGAAAACGGUCUCAGUGCAGAAGUUCAGUCUGGAUUGGGCUGAAGGAACAGCCAAUCAGGAUGUUGACUUAAUAUUUCCCCUUCCUCUCCGGGACCUGAACCUGAUGAAGGAGAAGAAACUCAGUCUGGUGGGUCUUAUUCAGCACUUUUUCCCAGAAAUCAAAGAUCCCAGAGUCUUUACUAGUUCAGAGCACAGAGUCAUGUUCAUCUUUGAUGGCCUGGAUGAGUGUCGACUUCCUCUAGAUUUCCACUCCAACCCAACCUGUUGUGAUGUGACAAAGCCAGCCUCAGUGGACGUGCUGCUGACAAACCUCAUCAAGGGGAAUCUGCUUCCCUCUUCUCUCCUCUGGAUCACCACCCGACCAGCAGCAGCCAAUCAGAUCCCUCCUGACUGUGUGGACCAGAUGACAGAAAUAAGGGGAUUCAAUGACCCACAGAAAGAGGAGUACUUUAGGAAGAGAAUUGGUGAUGAGAACCUGGUCAGCAAAGCAAUCACACACCUGAAGACAUCCAGAAGCCUCUACAUCAUGUACCAUAUUCCAGUCUUCUGCUGGAUUUCAGCCACAGUGGUAGAAAAAAAAUCAGACAAAGCAGAAAUGCCAAGGACUCUGACUCAAAUGUACACACUCUUUCUGGUCAUUCAGACAAGCAUAGAAAGGGACAAGUUCACAGAGAGAAAAGAGACAGAUGAAGAGGUGAUUUCCAAACUGGGGAAACUGGCUUUCCAACAGCUGGAGAAGGGCAAUCUGAUCUUCUGUGAGGAAGACCUGAGAGAGUGUGGCAUUGAUGUCACAGAAGCAUCAGUCUACUCAGAAGUGUGUACUCAGAUCUUCAGAGAGGAGGCUGGGCUGUACCAGGGGAAGGUGUUCAGCUUUGUGCAUCUGAGCAUCCAGGAGUUUCUUGCAGCUCUGUAUGUGUUCCUCUGUUUCAGCAACAGACAGAGAAACAUGCCUGACCAACAUCAAACCUCUCAGCUCUCUGCUCUGUUCAGAGCUGCAACACUUCUUGACCUACACAAGACUGCAGUGGACCUGGCCUUACAGAGUAAUAAUGGACACCUGCACCUUUUCCUCCGCUUCCUUCUGGGCCUCUCACUAGAGUCCAAUCAGAAUAUCUUAAAGCGCCUACUGCCACAGAGCAGUAGCCAAUCAUAUAGCUCAGAGCAAACAGUCCAGUAUGUGAAACAAAAUAUCAGAGAUCAGAGUAGCUCAGACAGAAGGAUCAACCUGUUCUACUGUCUGAAUGAGCUGAAUCACCAUGCUGUAGUGGAGAAGAAAAGCAGCUCAGAUACUCUGCUUGUACACAUGCUCUCACCAGGACAGUGGGAGACUAAUACAUUUGGAUGUAAGAUGUCAGAAGAGCAGCUGGCUGAGUUCGACCUGCAGAAGUACAUAAAGACACCAGAGGAAGAUCAGACUGAACUGCUCAGUCCAGAUGAAGUUCUUCAGAAGCUGCUGCCAGUGGUCACAUCAUCCACAUAUGCCGGGCUGUAUGAGUGUAAUCUGAGCGAUAAGAGCUGUUCCUAUCUGGCCUCUGCACUGAAGACAUCACACUCAUCAAAUCUCAGAGUCCUAGACCUGGGUUACAAUAAGCUGCUGGACUCAGGAGUGGAACUUUUAUGUUCUGCUCUUUGUCAUCACAACUGCAAACUGGAGGAACUAGAGCUGAAUAUGUGUAAUCUGAGCGAUAAGAGCUGUUCCUAUCUGGCCUCUGCACUGAAGACAUCACACUCAUCAAAUCUCAGAGUGCUGCGCCUGGGUUGGAAUAAGCUGCUGGACUCAGGAGUGGAACUUUUAUGUUCUGCUCUUUGUCAUCACAACUGCAAACUGGAGGAACUAGAGCUGGAUAACUGUAAUCUGACCAAUAAGAGCUGUUCCUAUCUGGCCUCUGCACUGAAGACAUCACACUCAUCAAAUCUCAGAGUGCUGAACCUGAGUAACAAUAAGCUGCUGGACUCAGGAGUGGAACUUUUAUGUUCUGCUCUUUGUCACAACUGCAAACUGGAGGAACUACGGCUGGAUAACUGUAAUCUGACCAAUAAGAGCUGUUCCUAUCUGGCCUCUGCACUGAAGACAUCACACUCAUCAAAUCUCAGAGUGCUGAACCUGAGUAACAAUAAGCUGCUGGACUCAGGAGUGGAACUUUUAUGUUCUGCUCUUUGUCACAACUGCAAACUGGAGGAACUACGGCUGGAUAACUGUAAUCUGACCAAUAAGAGCUGUUCCUAUCUGGCCUCUGCACUGAAGACAUCACACUCAUCAAAUCUCAGAGUGCUGAACCUGAGUGACAAUAAGCUGCUGGACUCAGGAGUGGAACUUGUAUGUUCUGCUCUUUGUCAUCACAACUGCAAACUGGAGAAAGUAUGGCUGGUUAAGUGUGAUCUGAGUGAUAAGAGCUGUUCCUAUCUGGCCUCUGCUCUUAAGUCUCCCUCCUCAAAUCUCACACUGUUGUACCUGAUUAACAAUCCCCAGAUGAGUGCAUCAGCUGUAGAGCCGCUCUGUGCUCUAGUGAAGGACCCACACUGUAAACUGCAGACACUACAUACUGAUCAUGGAACAGUGAAGUUCAAGUGAAGUGUUGAGCCACGGCCCUGAGCUGGAUGGGGUCUGUGGGGCUGGAACUCAUGACAUGAAGAUGUGAUCCAACACACACACACACACACACACACACACACACACACACACACACACACACCACCAGACACGCACUUGAUUUAACCGUUUUUCUCAGUCGCUUUGGUACAUUUCUCAAAUCAUCCUUGAGAUUUGCAAAACAGUAAGUGCAUUUCUCAAAACAAUUUGUACAAAUAGCACAACACCAUGGAUUACCUGCAAAAGCCAGUUUCUUGCUCAAAAUCCUUAGUCCAUCUCUCACAACUAAAUAUCUGAAUCAAUGAACAUGUCAGUGCAUCAGAAUGACACGUCCUUGUGGCUUAGUCAUGUUGUCAGUAUAACAGUGUACUCUGGAGGAAUGUCUUGAUGUAAACUAUGGCUAAUGUUUUGAUGACAAAUUGGAGGUUACACCUUAGUGGGAGUUUCAUUGCAAGUGACUGGACAAGAUUCACAUUUACGCUUCAACUGUAAUUUGUUGAUAAACCAUGUCAUUGCGAUACUGAAAGGAAGAUAGCACUGCAUAGCACAAAGAAUAAUAUGAAAUAUAUAGAAAUGUGACCAUAGGACAAUCUCCUCAGGGAAAACUGUAGAGAUGUGACCAUAGGACAAUCUCCUUUGGGAAAACUGUAGAGAUGUGACCAUAGGACAGUCUCCUUAGGGAAAACUGUAGAAAUGUGACCGUAGGACAAUCUCUUUUGGGAAAACGGUACGUACAGUGCUGUUGGAAGUGACUAGAAAAACUGUAAAAUAUCAGGCUCUGUACACACACACACACACACACACACACACACACACACACACACACACACACACACAGGCUCUUGAUUGUAAAAUAUCAGGCUCUGUAAAAUGUUGUUACAGCCUGCCACCUACUGGCCACCCUGAGUAAUUUCUUUUUACUUUACUUACUUUUUGAGGGAGGUCUGGGAAGAAAUGGAGAUUUACAAAUAUGACAACCAUCAACAUAUUUAAAGUCAUAUUGAUGUGAAU